AAAUCCCGAGGCGUUUCCGAAGGGAUCCGAUCCAGAGAAAACUGAGGUAGAGCGCAGAGACGAGAGCCACUGUUUCCUUCGCAGAAGAACCCGUUUAAUUUCCUUCAUUUUUCGUUAACAUUCUUAAUUCAGCGAUGGCACCGGAAUACUGACAUUAAUGGCGAAUUCCCGAGCAAAGACUCGGUUCUGACUGCUAUGUGUGAUCCAUCUUUUUUGCGCCUUGCAUCACAGACCGUACCAGGUUUAUGCAUUUUAAAUAUAUAGGGCGCUUACAUGUACUGUGUACAUGUCUCCACAUAGAUAUAAUGACUACACUAUGUGAGAGGACAACGCUGAUGCUGGAUGUACCGAAGGAUGAUGCUUGAUAAAGCGGAUUUAUUCCCGUCGAAGAUAAGAUGUGAAUCGGUGUGGCGUGGGAGAAAAUGUCUUUGGCUCCAGCAAGAAAAUGAAGAUGGGAAGAAGCGUCUUGUCUUGUAGCCCAGUACCGAGAGCCAGUCGUUAUUUACACAUCUAAAUCUGCGUACAAUAUAAUGAUACUGACGCUUUGUCUCAGGAUUAAUCGAAACUACAAAACACUGCAGAAAUAGAGUAAUUGUGCUAUUAAACUCUGCUUGAUUUAGUCACCGUGUGAUGGGAAUAUACUGCUAAGGCUUGGCCUAGCUUUAUGGAAAACCCGAAGACAUGACAUGCACACGAAAAAAGAGGAAACGAUAUUUUUUGUUUUUUAAAACCUGUAUUUAUGUAGGCUAAUAUUCCAGCUUCUGGCAUAACAUUGUUUAACCCGUUCAGCAAAAGACUUUCCAGUGAAACAGGUCUUGUUUCUGUUUUUCAGACGUGACCAUUCCGUGUAUUAAUUAAUUAAUUAAUUAUAUAUAUUUUUUCCAUUCUAUGUUCAUAAAGGACGUCGAGGUUCAGCUUGGAUUACAAUUUGGAUUCAUGAGCGAUUUAUUGAACGCGUUGUGUCGGGUAGAAAAAACGCAAUUUGCACCUUUUUGUGCGUUUCAUUUUUUUAUUUAUUUUUAUUUUUUUAAUAUUUGCAACAAGCUCCCGUUAAGGCCUACUAUCGAGACAAGAUCCAUUGUCUGGAGGAAGACCAAUAAUUACAAGUGUGGAGGCCAAGAGAGGUGGCACGUUUAAAGGGACGUUCCAAAGUAAACUGUACAAAAUGGGGCAAUGCAUAUCAAGCUUCUCUCCUUCCAUUUGAGACAACAACGAAAGGCAACCACGAGGACGGACGACAGCUCAGCUGGAGGUGGCGGAGGUGGAGGAGGGAGUGGAGGAAGUGGGGGUAAAGGAGGAGUUGAAGGAGGAGCUGUGCAAUUUGAGCAGCAAAAGGGAUGGCCAACGGAAACGCAAGCAGUGAUGGGCCUGGGAACCCCUUGGCAGCUGUGGUGUCCACAACAGGUGGCAUGAUGGGUGGAGCACCUUCUUCAGCCGUGUCUACCUAUGUGAAACUCGUCCUUCUGGGGCUGAUCAUCUGCAUCAGCCUGGUGGGCAACUUAGUGGUAUCCCUGCUGGUGCUAAGGGACAGAGCCCUACACAAGGCACCCUACUACUUUCUUCUGGACCUCUGCCUUGCCGACACCAUCCGUUCGGCGGUCUGCUUUCCCUUCGUGCUGGUGUCCAUCAAGAAUGGCUCGGCCUGGACUUACAGCGUGCUCAGCUGCAAGGUGGUGGCCUUCAUGGCCGUCCUUUUUUGCUUCCAUGCUGCCUUCAUGCUGUUCUGCAUCAGCGUCACACGCUACAUGGCUAUCGCCCACCACCGGUUCUACUCCAAGCGAAUGACCUUCUGGACAUGUGUGGCGGUGGUAUGCAUGGUCUGGACGCUGUCGGUCGCCAUGGCGUUCCCGCCCGUCUUUGACGUCGGCACCUACAAGUUUAUCCGCGAGGAGGACCAGUGCAUCUUCGAACAUCGCUACUUCAAGGCCAACGACACAUUAGGCUUUAUGCUGAUGCUGGCUGUGCUAAUCUUGGCCACUCACGUGGUGUACAUGAAGCUUCUGCUGUUCGAAUACAAACACAGAAAGAUGAAGCCGGUCCAAAUGGUUCCAGCCAUCAGCCAAAACUGGACCUUUCACGGACCUGGAGCCACAGGCCAGGCUGCCGCAAACUGGAUAGCAGGGUUCGGCCGUGGCCCAAUGCCUCCCACUUUAUUGGGCAUCAGGCAGAACUUGCACAACCAGAACAGACGCCUGCUAGGCAUGGAGGAGUUUAAGGCAGAGAAACAGCUUGGCAGGAUGUUCUAUGUCAUCACCUUGUUUUUUCUAGUGCUUUGGUCCCCGUACAUUGUGGCCUGUUACUGGCGGGUUUUUGUUAAGGCGUGCACCAUCCCGCACCGGUAUCUGUCAACUACCGUGUGGAUGAGUUUCGCCCAGGCGGGUGUGAACCCUAUCAUCUGCUUUUUCCUCAACAAGGACCUGAAGAAGGGCCUGCUGGCCCACCUGCCUCCCUGUUGUAGAACUCCACCUCAACUGCCCCGUGAGCCUUAUUGUGUCAUGUGAAGAUGAGUGUUCAUUCAUAAUGUUUUUUUUUUUCUGUUCUUUCUCUUCUGGAUGGUUGGAAAGUGGACAGCCUGGGGGGAGGGAAUAAGAGGUCUGUAAUUAUGGAGACAUGGACAAACUUUAAGAGCUGUUGUGGCCUUUGAUUCAGUUUAAGAUGCUUUAAAAGGGUGGAUGUCACAGAAUAAGCAUCUACUUUCACCUUAAAGAUUUUAAGGGCAAAAUGGGCUCCACACUAAUGUGUGGUUUGGUAAAUCAACUCUUGAACAGGUUUGAAGAACCAUAUGUUUCGCUUUAGGGUGGUUCACAAAUUCACAAAUCAACCAAACUGAUGGUCUAUUUUAUGGUGAAUGUAUGAAGGCUAUAUCAAAUGGCUUCGUAUGAUCGAUCUCAACAAACAUUUCCAUUUGAUUUGGCUCAGUAUCUGUAUCCCUUUACCAGGAUUCUGAGGGCCUUGAAUCAAAGAUUUGCAAAAAUAUUCGUAUUCAUGCCUUGUGAACAGCUGCACUCCUGGCAGAGUAAUUUAUAUUAUUUGGACUAAUGAUUCAAAAAUACUCAAUGUGCAUGUGUAUUACCUUAUCUUUAAGGGGAAACAAACUUGAGAUUAAACUAUUUUUAAGAAUGAGUGCCAAGCAUAAGCCUCUAGGAAUGAAUGAGGCUGACAAAAAAAGACAAAGUUCCUACAAUUAUGCUAAUUGGUUGGGCUGAAUCCUUCCUGUGGCUUCAUCAGGCAGGAAUUAAGAUGCUCAUGAAAAACAGUGUGUAUAAAAAGCAACUUUCAGAACAAAUAAUGUUGAUUCUAAGGGAUUGUAGACAAAAGGAGCUGACUGAAAAUAUGAAUGUGUGUGAAUUAUGGCCUAUUCAGGGUUGUAGGUUCUUUCUCUGAGUUUUUACUGUAAUUUAUUCUGUUUUUUAAUUUGUAUUUUUUUCUCUCAGCUCUAUUUACUUAAUUUAUUGAAUAUUUCAUAUCAUUGCACACAAUAACUCAUGCCUUUAUAAUUUCCAUAAUGAAUCUGAAUAUAUGACCAUCUUAUGAUGUUGAAACCAGAAAAGGUGAAGAAUUUUACUGUUACUUGUUUUGUGAAGAGACGGAUCAGUAUUGAAUACUGAUACGUUAUUAUGUAUUUCGGUUAAACCAACCGAUCAUUUAUCCUUCCGAACGCUUGCACAGAAGAUGUUGUAGAGGAGAAGUUACUUGGUCUUUUGUGUUUUGAAUUACUUGAAAGAAUGUUUGCUAGCCUGUCGGAUACAAAAGGUUUUUAAUAUGUGAUUUGCAUACAUGUAUCUUGGAAAGUGGUCAUUUCAGACUACAUUUUCAAUCAUGUAAGUGACUGAUAGGUUGCAUUAGAGGUAUUUUAGUUUGCAUUUACUGUGUUUUACAGACUAACACAGGAUGAAAGUUGUUGGUCAGGUAGUAUUAAGGAACCUAAAGUCUGACAGUGUAUCUCGGCCUCCUGUUGACGAGAAAUCAAACAAAAAUCUGAUUUUUAAUAUUGUAAUGAAAAUAUGAAUGUGUUUGAGAUUAGGGAAGAAAACCAUGUAAGGUGUUAGUGGAAUGUUUAGAUUUCUUUUUUUUUUUUUUAAGUAUUCCAUUUCUUUAGGAACUAAUAAGUGGAUGAACUAAAUUCCCAAAGGGGUUGAGUGUCAAAUGAAUUUCCCUUAAUAUUUUGCACACACCUCAAGAAAUCAUUGAUCAGCCACAUUGAUUUCUCUGGCAUAUAUUGACUUGAAUCAGAAUGCUGACCAACGCAGACAGGACAGAUUGUAAUAUUUCCGUGAAUGUUCAAUGAGAUCUCUCUGUAGGGUAGGCAUGGGAUUGGUAGGAGUGAUCAGACUUCCCUUUUCCCGAAACCUGUCAUUGCAAGAACACAGAACAAAAAAAAACAUCUAUGAUGAACAGAAAAAGAGGAAUAAUUCUUUCUGUUAUCUGCAUUUUAUGCCUUACUCCAUUACCAAGGUUUAUUGUUACCAAUGCAAGAAUGAUCUGAAAGAUGUAUGCUUCUAAAGACACCAAUAAAUCAUACUAAAACAUAUGCUGGGGAAAACACAACACUGUGUAUUUGUGGAUUAUCGGUGGACACGUCUCGCUGCCCUUAACAAGCCUCUGGGUUGCGGGUAAGAAGACGCCUGCAUCAGCUGCGUUAUUGAUAACGAAUUCACGAACUGCGACAUAUGGGAGUGUACAAUUUUGCUCAGUUCUCUGGAGAGACUUGAAUUUACGAAAACAAAACAACAGAGAGACACAAAUUGAUUUUCCGCGGAAUUAAAAGGAACUUCUUGGAUUCGUAAGGAUUUCUUCGAGACUUUUUUCUUCUUCUCGUCUUUGGGUGGGUUUGGGGUGGGGGACAGUAUGUGAAUGAUGGUUUGGGCUAUUGUUGUAUUCACCUGUGAAUAGGAAAUCGCUUGGGUCAGUGUUGGGGGUUGGGUGAACAGGAUGUGAUUUUGUAACAAGCAAAAAUGCCUGGUAGAACAUUUUUAGUUGCUUCAGGCAUCUUAUCUUUUGUAAAAUAACUGUGAACCUCUGUGUAAUUUCAUGUGUAUUAUAUGGACAAUGCACUAACUUCAAGUGGGGGGCGGAGUGAAGGGUGGGGUUACGACCCUUGAUCGUCAUCUUUUUACCACGCAUGUGUGUGUGAGUGUUUACGCUGAGUAUGAGUGUGUGGAUAAAACUGGGUAUUCAUGAGGAGCAAAGCAAAGGUGUAAGGUCAAGAGAUACACCAUUUGAUAGGAAACACUCCUGUAGUUGAUCCACUAAAAUUUCACAUUUUCAAUGCUUCAACACAACUGCAAAGACUACUGAGAGCUGAGCCUUAAAUAAGACAUCAUUUUUAUCAACAUGGAAUAUGGAUCAUAACAAACACUCAAAAACGAACAUGUCUUGUUUACCACAUCUUGACACUGAGAUGAAGACAGACUGCCACAGAUGGAAUAGUUAGCAGUCAUUGUUUGGCCACUUCACCAAUACAAUUGAUUUUUUUGUUCAAUUGAAUUGUAAAUUAUAAAUUUGUUUGGCAAGUGGAUUUUGAUAUUCAAGCUGCUCCUUUAAACAGCAAGUGAUAAGUUUAGUUGACAUUCAUUUUGAAACAGACAAAUAUGAGUUUAAUUAUUCUAACAAUGUAAUGAAUUUGUAAGCAAAACUGUUACAUAAUUUAUAUAAGGUUGAGGAAGUUGUAUCUAACAUACCUAUGUCUUCAUUUUUUUUUUGCCUUUCAUGUUAAUUAUUGAUAGUGCCUGAGUUGAUCACAAAAUUUUUUUCUGGUUAAUCGCAAAUAAAUGCCAAAUUAUAUUAUGAACGAUUAUGUGAUUUCAUAAUAUUAGCUCACUGAACUACAUAAAUCUUUAAAACUGCUUAGAUAUGACAAGCCACUCACACAGCUAACUAUUAUAAGAGCAAUAGACAGCACUUAUGUUCAUUGAAAUUUUAGUUGAGCAACUCGGGAGUUGUUUAUUUGUGAAUGCAUGAUGAAUGAAGGGGGUAAUGGAAAAACUGAGGAAAAAAAGAGAAAGAAACGUGAGUCGGCUUUCAGAUAUCUUGAUCUGUAAAUCAACAGGAUUUUUUUUUUCCAACAUGACAAUAAAAGUUUACUUUUGUUGCA